AUGGCUGAACCUCCCCAGACUGAUGUCUCUCGUCCCUCAGCAUUGCCUACAGCCAAGUUACUUCAGCGCCCCACUUUCAAUCAAGCUCUCGUCGAUCAAAAUUCGGAUGAAUACCUUGAUGCCAUCGAGGAAGAAUGGAACAAGAAACUAGAUACCGAGGUAGAAGUAUUGGUGGAUGGUAUGGUCGAUAUCGUUAGUCUGGCAUCGAUCGGAGACAAGGACAAGUUUCGAAUCGCACAAGAGUCAUUUCAGGCCGAAUCUCGCGCCGAGUCUAUGGUCCGUGCAGCUAAUUCGCUGUUGUCUAUAACACAUUCCUUGAAGUUGCUGCUUCUCUUGUCCGACGAGGCUCAAAUCGCCCACCGUCGGGAUGCGGAACUCAAGCACGUACAACAGGAAAAGAAUGAAGCUCGCCAGAAAGUCGCCGAGCUUCUCGAUGGGUUGAUGAAUUCAAAAGGCAAUUUAUCGCAAUGA